CGAUGCCAAAGAUUCUUCCCAGUGAGAAGCAGACGCUGAACUGUAUUCAGUCGCUGUUGUGGCUGGGAGGCAGCAGAGUCAGGCAGUAUCUUUCGUUGACCGUGAUCCAGCCAGAGGUAAAGCAGGAGUCUUUUAAACUGACCGACAAAGCGAAAAGAAGCUACUGACGUGUCUGGCCAAACUCCGACUUUGCACGACACCUUUCAUCCUCCAGAUACUGCAGACAGAAAGUACCAGAAGAGCAAGCCAGGACAGGACGCUGGGUGAAGUUCGACAGGAUGUUCAGCCAGUUGUUUAUCUCUUUCUAAAUGAAUAGAAGAGGCAGGUUGUGACCAUGCGCUGCCUGGCUGCUCGGGUGAACUACAAGACCCUCAUCGUUAUCUGCGCCCUCUUCACACUCAUCACUGUGUUGCUGUGGAACCGCUGCUCUAGUGACACCUCCAUACGCUUCCUGCCCCGUGCUGCCCCGGUGGCCACGAUUUCUCAGAUCGGCGAUGCUAGCAUCAGCAGCCAGCAGCAUCCCCCGCAACCUCCCGAGCCCCCGCCUGUUGUCGGAGUUGUCGGGGGGAUCAAGUAUGAAGAAAUUGACUGCUUAAUCAAUGAUGAAUCGACUGUCAAAGGCCGGCGAGAGGGGGGAGAAGUCUACCUGCCCUUCUCUUGGGUGGAAAAGUACUUUGAGGUGUACGGCAAAAUAGUGCAGUACGAUGGCUAUGAUCGUUUUGAGUUUCAGCACAGCUAUUCAAAGGUUUACGCCCAGCGUGAACCCUACCACCCCAAUGGAGUCUUCAUGUCGUUUGAGGGAUACAACGUGGAGGUCCGUGACCGGGUCAAGUGUAUCAGUGGAGUGGAAGGCGUGCCGCUGUCCACUCAGUGGGGCCCUCAGGGCUACUUCUACGCCAUCCAGAUCGCCCAGUACGGUUUGAGCCAUUACAGCAAAAACCUGACCGAGCGCGCUCCCCAUGUUGAUGUCUACGACACGGCCGAGGAGAGGGACAGCCGAGCCAACGCCGCGACCUGGAGUGUACCGAAAGGUUGCGGGCUCAGCCGCGUCCAUGACAAGACCAGGGCUACCUCUGUGCGGCAGUUCAGCGCUCCAGACUCCUCCGAAGGCGUGUCCCUCCAGCUGGGCAACUCCAAAGACUUCAUCCUCAGCUUGGACCUCAAGUUUAUCUCCAACGGCAGCGUGUCUGUAAUCCUUGAAACCACAGAGAAGGGCCCCCCCUUCACAAUCCACUACGUGACCAGCACACAGCUCAUCGCCUUCAGAGAACGUGACAUCACCUACGGGAUUGGACCGCGAACCGCUUGGAGCACUCUGACCCGGGAUCUGCUCACCGACCUCAGGAAGGGCGUCGGGCUGUCCAACACCAAGGCUGUUAAGGCCACAAAGAUUAUGCCCAGACGUGUGGUGCGAUUAGUCCUACAUGGGCGUGGAUUUGUUGACAACAUCACCAUCUCCACCACUGCCCAUAUGGCCGCCUUCUUUGCCGCCAGCGACUGGCUGCUGCGCAACCAGGACGAGCGAGGCGGAUGGCCUAUCAUGGUCACCCGUAAACUAGGCGAAGGCUUCAGACCUCUGGAGCCCGGCUGGUACUCGGCCAUGGCUCAGGGCCAGGCCAUGUCCACCCUUGUGAGAGCCUACCUCCUCACCAAGGACCAGGCGUACCUCAACGCUGCCCUGAAGGCAGUAGGACCUUAUAAGGUGCCUUCAGCACAGCAUGGGGUCAAAGCUGUGUUCAUGAACAAGUAUGACUGGUAUGAAGAGUACCCCACCACACCCAGCUCCUUUGUGCUCAACGGCUUCAUCUACUCCCUGCUGGGGCUCUACGACUUGACUGAGACAGCUGGAGAGAAGCUCGGCAGGGAGGCAGGGCAGCUGUUCAGCCGCGGCAUGGAGUCACUGAAGGCCAUGCUGCCGCUCUUUGACACCGGGUCUGGGAGCAUUUAUGACCUGCGUCACUUCAUGUUGGGCACUGCGCCCAACUUGGCUCGCUGGGACUAUCACACCACGCACAUUAACCAGCUACAGCUGCUGGCAUCCAUAGACAACUCCCCCAUCUUCAAGGAUGUGGUCAAGCGCUGGAAAACCUACUUAAAAGGGAUUCGUGCCAAGCACAAUUAGACUAAACUCCAACCCACACACUAUAAAGGCUGAGAUGAGAAGAAGAUCGAUAUAUUCUGUGCGACUGAAGGAAUGAAUGAGCGGCCUAUGCUCGCGUUGCGUGUCUGUGCACAUCCUAGAUCUGGUUGAAGUCCAAAAUCUGAAGUAUGAGUUUAAUCAGCUGAAGCUCUCAAUACUCUCUCGUGUGCUCUGUUGCAGGUUUUUUAAUUUCUGCAACAUCCACUGUAGCUCUCCUCUCCCUGUUUCUUUUCUUUUCCUCCCUCUCUUGAGUUAGUGUUUGUAGUUAUGCACAAACCUCAUUUCAAAGUGAGAGUGUCUGCAUUCAGGAAGAAAGUGUGUGUGUGUGUGUGUGUGUGUGUGUGUGUGUGUGUGUGUGUGUGUGUGUGUGUGUGUGUGUGUGUGUGUGUGUGUGUGUGUGUGUGUGUGUGUGUGUGUGUGUGUGUGUGUGUGUGUGUGUGUGUGUGUGUGUGUGUGCGCGCGUGUGUUUUUAAAAAGAAUAUAUGACAUUGGUGAAAGAUUAAAAACUCUGUGAAUCACAUUUCAGACAUUCUUCGAUGCAUCCAGCACAUUUUUCUUCUGCAAUUGUAUUUUUUUAACGUCAUCUCAGAUUUGCAAAGUUCAUUAAAACAAACUGUAUAUAACAGAAUAUAUUAUAAAUUAUUUGAAGGAAAACGUUGCCAAAAAACAAAAAAAGCGCAUCUUUUCAUUAUAUAAGAAGCAUUCGAAUAUGUCACCACAACAUUUUUAAUGCAAAUUACAACACAGGACUUUUUUUUAAGUGUCUCACAUUUAAUGUUUGGUUAGAGAUGUCUAUUAGAGAAUUCAUCCCUUUGUGGAAAUGCUAGAAAAUCAAACGUUUUAUGCUUCCAAAUCCACUUUCUCUCUAAACACAGAUUAAUGUUAGCCAAUAAUUAUAGUAUUAUGUCUUUAGUAGAUUUAUCUUUUCCCCUCUACAAUAAAUAUGAGGUUUCUGUUAAGCUGCUUGAAAGCCGCUCUGAGUAAUAAUCAAGCUAGUUCUCAGUAGCUAUGUGAUUGUUCCUGUGGUAUUCACUGAGAUAAAUCAAUGCAGCCCUGCAAUAAUGCUUAAAAAUGAUGAAGUUAUCAUAAUUAGCUGUGAGCUUCUGUAAUGUUGCUACCUGUAUCCGAUGGUCAGGCAGCGAUACCCCUGUGUAACCGUUUUUGUUCAAGGUUGCAACUUAUGAUUAACUUUGAGUUCAGUGUGUUUAUUAAAACGUGUGUCCCAUGUGAGAAAUCCCAGCUGGCUGAAUUUAAGACCAAGAUAAAUGCUCGCUUCUUUUCAGCUGCACAAUCUGAAGUUUUGUUUCAAAAAGAAAAACUGUGUUUACUACUUACACGCGUGAUCGCAGGCCUGAACGAGGCUAAACGUUUAAUACUAGAUUAACCAAGAGGUUAAUCUAGUAUUAAACAAAAAGGUGAUACUAAUGUGAAACUUUUUAAAUGCCAAACUCCAGCUCCCCAUGGAACCGUCAUUGUUAUAAUUUCAGAUCUUUGUUUUUUGCUUGGUGUGAAUAUCAGCUCCAUCAGUCGUAGCCACAUUUUAAUUCAUUCUUGUGCCCACCCCCCCUCGUUCCCCUCCUCCUUUUUGACCUUUUCAGCUCGUUGUUUACUCGGGAGCUCGUCUGAAAAGCUUUUCUUCUGUAACUCAUACUUGGAAAAUGAUAAUUGCAGGAUACGAGCGUAGGUGGUGUAGAUGUCUCUGUUGUGUAUUGGAGGAGAUGAACGUGGGCAGCAGAAGCACAGCUGCAUCUCACUACAAUGUUAAUUCACACCAUUUAAAUAGACAAUGCCAGGAAGUACUAAAGCUGGAGGUAAAUUCCUGACGAGCAUGCAAAGGCUCGGUCCCAGCAGGCUCUCGUUGCUCCUCUCAGCCGCUGCGAGUGCAUGAACUCGGCGUUUUUAAUCUGAGCGCUGCCCUGUUGACCGCCGAGCGCAGAGAAAGAGGCCCGCCCGUGCUCUAACAAUUCACCCGGCUAAUAGGCUGGAGAGCCUGUUCACGGUACAGUCGCUGCUCACGGAUGAGUCAGCGUUCACCGGCAUCGUACUCACAAACAACACAAAGCGGAGCCCUCAGCAACAAUGAGGCUUUCAUUGAUCCAGCUUUGAAGAUUUAAAGAAGCAGCAGAUUGGUUUCUUCUUCUUUAAAUCUUGUUAAAAAAAAAUUUUAACGCCAGUUUUUUGAGACAAAAAUCGGUUUCCCACAAGGCCGGCAUUUCAGGUUAUUUGAGUUUGCACUGGCAGGACAAAAAUCAAAGGAACGCUGAACAUCCAGGUUCCUUUUUUCCAAACUGAUUAAUAAAUCCCGACCUUCUGUGCUGAAUUAUUAAAGCCGCUGUCAAGUAUGAAGACAGAACACAAUAAUGCACAUUUAAACAUCAAGUUUAAUCACAAAAAAAACUGUUUGGUUCUUGAAGUAAUGCUUCUAAUGUGUAAGCAUGUCUCUAAUCUAUUUUUUAUAUAACCCUGCUUUGUCAUUUAUUGUUUUUGUACUCUUGUUUUAUAAUUGAAAAAUUACAACUGUGUCCAAUAAAAGGGGAACCUUUUAA